AUGCCAUGUCAGAACGAUAGCACCGGGUCAGAAUUUAUCCUCUUCGGUUUCUCAGCCUUCCCGCAGCAGAUGCUGCCUGCUCUCUUCCUGUUGUACCUGCUGAUGUAUCUGUUCACACUGCUAGGAAACCUGCUCAUCACGGGUGCUGUCUGGACAGAACACAGACUCCACACCCCUAUGUAUCUCUUCCUGUUUGCCCUCUCCAUCUCUGAGAUUCUCUUCACUGUCGUCAUCACCCCUCGUAUGCUGUGUGAUAUGUUGUCUACCCACCGCUCCAUCACCUUUAUAGCCUGUGCUAACCAGCUGUUUUUCUCCUUCACAUUUGGCUACACCCAUUCCUUCUUGCUCAUGGUCAUGGGUUAUGACCGCUAUGUGGCCAUCUGCCAACCCCUGCGUUACCAUGUACUCAUGAGUCUCCAAGGCUGUGCCCGUCUUGUGGCCUGGUCUUGGGCUGGCGGCUCACUCAUUGGGAUGAUAGUGACACUAAUAAUUUUCCACCUCACCUUCUGUGGAUCUAAUGUGAUCCACCACUUUCUCUGCUAUGUAUUCUCCCUCUUAAAGUUGGCCUGUGGAGCGAGUACAGCUUUUGUCACCAUUGGUGUGAUCCUGGUGUGUGUCACACCCCUGAUAGGUUGCCUGGUCUUCAUUGCCUUUUCCUAUGUGUUCAUUGUAGCUGCCAUCUUGAGAAUUCCCUCUACUGAGGGUCGGCAGAAGACAUUCUCCACAUGUGCAUCCCAUCUCACUGUGGUGGUUGUGCACUAUGGUUUUGCCUCCAUCAUCUACCUCAAGUCCAGGGGACCCCAUUCUCUAUACACUGAUACCCUCAUGUCCACCACUUAUACAGUCCUCACUCCCUUCCUUAGUCCAAUUAUUUUCAGCCUACGGAAUAAGGAGCUGAAGAAUGUCAUAAAUAAAAGCUUCUACAGGAAUUUUUCUCAACAAAAUUCCUAA